AUGGCUGACAGGAGCAUCAGUCUGCCAGUGACUCCAGAUUCAACUGAUUCUAGAAGAAGCUCUACUGGAAAGUUGACAUCUUCCAAGGACGAAGAAAAGAUUGUUCCCAAUUACCUGCGAGCUUCUACUGGCUCGUGUCAUGAUUUCUGCAAAUAUGGGAAGAAGCAUGCUGCUGAGGAGAAGGAAAGGCGCCCAUUUCCCAGAAGAGCGAUCAAGAAACCUACUGAUAGUAACCAACACUCACCCGAGAUCCAAAUUCAAGUCUUUAGCAAACCUCGUAGCAAGAAAAACACAGAAGGGCUUUUGCUUUCUAAAUCAGCGGACAGCAACAAUGAUGUCCUAAAGGCUGCUAUAUCCACUGCCAGGAAGGCAUCAGUCCCAGAGCGGUUAAGACAGUCAGCUGACUCAAAGCUUUCAAGGUUUCAUGAGAGCAAGACAUCCCCGGCUGAAAGGUUGACAGGAUCAUUGGAUGGUAAACUUUCCGGGUUUAUUGAGACAUCCUCCCAAAUGGGAAGGACAUCAUCACGGGAAAGGAAGACUACUGCUCAGCCAACGGAUCUCAGAACUUUACCUGAUCCAGAAACCAAUCUUGCAUCGAAGACACUCAAGAAAGGCAUGCCAUCAUCCUCUCUAGCAAAGCUCAAGAACCCCUCAAAUCAAGCUUCACCAAGGGCUAAAGGACUUGCCCUGUCGGAAAAACUUGGUAGUUCUUUCAAGCCUAAAUUAUCGUCCUCUCCUAAUAACAAUGCAGCUGGGUUAAGUGCUCAACGAAAAAGCGACAUUGGAACAGGACAGAAAUCUAGCGCCCUCCCCAAGGUAGCUCUAAGGAAAUUGCAGGUGUCCCCAAAACCCUUGGUGUCCCCUAGACUUUCUGGGGCAGGAUUAAGUGCUCGACGACAAAGCGACAUGGGAUCAGGACAGAAAUCUAGCCUCCUCCCCAAGAUAGCUCUAAGGAAAUUGCAGGUGUCCCCAAAACCCAUGUCAUCCCCUAGACUUGCUGUAUCAGCCAGAGCUUUGGCUUCCCCAAGGGUUUCCUUGUCUCCCAGGUCUUCCCUUGCUGGUGUGGCAGGCCUAAAUGCAAAGAGAAAUCGGGCUGCGAAAGUUUUAUCUGCUAUGAAGAAUGACCAACCAAAGAAAGAGGACAAGAUUAGGAAGGCAGCAAGUAACUUGCAGCCCAAAAUUCAGGACAAGAGUAAGAAGGAGGUGACUAACAAGCAGAGAACGAUAAAGAAAGUGAAGGAAGAGGGCGAUGACAAGGUGGAGGAAAAAACUUUGUAUGUCAUCAAAAUGGAAACCGAGGACAAACAUAUGGAGUCUGACCUGAACGAACGUCUCGACGGCGAUACUUCGCCUCUUCCAGUGUCAUCCCCGAGGCAGUUAUCUCUUCCGGGAUGUUCUUCAGCAUCAUCGCGUACUAACAAUGAAGAAGAAGAAGAGGGAUCCGAGUAUAGUUUGACUGACGGUGAAGAUGAGUCUUCAUAUGAAUAUGACGAUGAAACAGAGUCCAUGGGAAUUGAAGAACAAAAUAAAUGGAACAGAAGGAAGGCGAUGGUUUCCUGUUCUGGAGAUAUUGAUCCACAACCCGUGAAGCUACGUUUCAGGAGGGGGAAAGUGAUUGAGAUAAAGUCGGAGAACGAUGGUCCAAGAAGGCUGAAGUUCAGGAGAAGCAGAGUAUUAAGUGAGGGCAAGAAUCCGAAGGCUGAUGGUCGUGUGAGGUAUCAGAGCAGGGGAGAAGGUGAUGUUGUUGAUGCAAAGAAGAGCGAGGAGAAAGUUGUUUUGAGACAUCAAGAAGUGGAUGGAAAGAAAGAUGCUGGGCAAGGAGGGCUGUUCAACAAUGUGAUUGAGGAAACUGCGAGCAAACUGGCGGAGACGAGGAAGAGUAAGGUGAAGGCCCUGGUGGGUGCUUUCGAAACUGUGAUCUCCCUCCAAGAUGUGAAGCCCUCUGGAAAUGUCGUCGUCUCGUGA